AUGUCUGAUUUUCUACCGCCGACAACCCCGCCUCCUCCCAAAGUCCCAGAAGGCUGGAAGGCUGUGUGGAAUGACCAGUACAAAGAAUGGUUCUAUGUGAACCUCCACACAAAACAGUCAACCUGGGAAAAGCCAUUAGAGCCUGCGCCUCGCCCGGGAGAUGAUGGUACACCAUCAGCGCCUCCGCCUUCCUAUUCAGCUGGUCCUAACGAUGCCAAAGUCGGCGACACCAAGAAGCCUCUCGAAUCUAACAACCCCUACAAUUCCUCCAGUCAACCUGGAGGUUCCCAAGAGACCGAUGAGCAAGUAGCGCGCCGCCUUCAGCAAGAAGAGGAGUCACGAAACCGUGGCGCAAGUGACUCGUAUUACCAGAAUUCGUCCACCCCGAACCCUCCAGGUAUGCAAGGUGGAUACCCUGGAGGCCCCCAGGCCACGAGCCCCAGCGGGUCAUCUGGCGGGAAGAGAGGAUUUCUAGGGAAGCUGCUGGGCAAAUCUGGUGGCGGCUCAUCUUCAUCCCACGGCCAAUCGGGCUAUCCACAGCAACCGCAGUAUGGCGGCUAUCCUCCACAGCAGCCCUAUGGUGGCGGCUAUCCUCAAUAUCCUCAAGGCCCUGGCGGUGGCUACGGACAGCCAGGUCCUGGCUAUGGUGGCUACCCUGGUGGUGGCUACGCCGGAGGUUAUGGCGGAGGUUAUGGCGGAGGAUACGGACGGCCCCCGCCCCGCAAAGGUGGCAUGGGUGUAGGAGGAGCAGCUGCUCUGGGUGUGGGGGGUGGUCUCUUAGGAGGUAUGCUCCUCGCUGAUGCAGUCAAUGAUGGUCAACAAGAUGCCUAUCAAGACGGUUAUGAGGAUGGUGGCGGCGGUGGCGAUUUUGACGGCGGCGAUUUUUAG